UACACGGCCACCCCAGGACCAUGAGGGAGAAGUUGGAUAGCAAGUUGAGCCAAAGCGGCCAGUAUAACCAGAAUCAAGGCGAGGGAAUAUAGGAAUCCCCCUUUCAGAACCGGUGGCUUGUAGUUUUCAGGCUCUUCCACACUUUCCUCUUCGAUCUUCCCUCCCGACCCAUAAUAGCCAUUGGCAUCCCAACGAUCGUCUAUAUGCAGUCCCCUAGUAGGUAAGUCCCCGGACGAGUCAAUGAUAACAUGCCCAACCUGUGCGUUCACCUCCUGGCCAGCCAUAGUACUUGGUGUCGGCGAGCGCCUUUGCGCGCCGGGGCGGUAAUGGCCACCUGGAAGUGCUACGCCUUCGCGAGACGGAACCGGUACGUCCAAAUGGUCGCCGUCGCCGAGGAGUGCGGCCUCCAGAGGAGUCGGCAGCAUGUGCGCGCCCGCGUGAACUCGGGGACGGUGCAUGGCGCUUUGUCGAAGGACUUUUUGUACCUGGCUGCGGAAUUGGUCCUUCGCAGUCCAUCUCGGCUGUCCCGGCUCGCCGCGAUCGGAAUCCCCCGCGGCAUCAUCGACCUGCGCAAGGGGAACGAAGCCGCCGUCGCUAACACGGCCCCGUUCGGCGGGCGCUCGGUGCACUGUGGGAGACAGAGGAUCGCGAGUCCGCGUAUUCUACGCGUACGCUUCCGUAUCUGGCAAUGUAGGCCUGUGCCUGUAGAGCUUCCCACGCGACACCUCCCGAUACGACAUAAGAUGCGCGAUCGAGACACGGGCAGGCGCAUGUGUCUUUAUAAACGGAUGCGGCAGACACGACAGUAUCCGGAUUGCAAUCAGUCGCUCCCGUCUGGAGGAUCUCAGACAACCCCUCAUCCCAGAGACGGUGUGGGUAGAUUCGAAAAUAAGGUAACCACACGACCAUCUCGGUACUACCACCCGACCUGGACGGGUAACUCAGGUACUCGCCUACCAUGCCGGCUACCAGAGUGGCAACUAUAUGCGGCGGCAUAUAUGCGACGAGGAAAGGUACGAGCCUUCAUUCUGGGAGAGUAGAUGUGUUCAUGGUAUGGGAUCUCGGGGUAGCAUUGGUCGAAUGGGUGGCAGUCAGCAUGCAGGCUAACCAGCAGAGCCGACGGUUGGGUAGUAAUAUAGUUGUAUAGCCUGCCUUCGUUUGGUCCCAACAUGCAUAUCAACUGGCAAUGCCCUCUCUCUUUUUCUCUCC